GCGCUACACUGGGAUCUUCCGUGAUCUCGGUUCCAUCGCUGCGCCGGUAUGCGACAUGGCAUCCCGACCCAACAGGGCCCGUGGUCUGUGGAUGGAUGCGUAUUGCUCCAGAUGGGAAGAUCCUAAGUACGACCGGAUACUGACUACUCUCCCUCCCCAACAUCUCCGGGGAGAAGCCGACAAAUCCAAUGUCAUUGACGCUGACAUCACAAAUUAUCCUAUGUUGUUGACGCCAACGAGGCCUAUAUUAUUGACGACAAAGUGACGGAAGAGAGCAUGGCGGUGCUGAGGGCUAACAUGUUGUCAUGUCGUAGGAGGAUCUGAUGGACAUCGCCAUCUCCUUGCAAGAUCUGAUGGACGGCAAGACUGGAUAGAUAUAUUUAUCCAUCUAAGGGUUGACGUCAAGCAAAAAUGUGGGUCUCCUUCUGGGCCAUGGUUCUUGCCCUUUCGCUCCUGACGCGUGGCAGUCAAUGUGCUGUCUAUUACUUUUCGUCAGUCGAAGGAAAUGACCAACUGACGGAGCCAGAAGUAGGCCCGGAUAAGCCAUGGAGAACGCUUAGCCGAGCGAGUGAGGCCGUCGCCAGAGCGCAGCCCGGGGAUGAGUUCCUCUUCUGCAGUGGUGACACCUGGUAUGACGAACAACUCACGAUUACAGCAAAGGGAACACCCAAGAAACCUAUCGUCUUCUCGUCCUAUCCAUGUCAAUCGGAUAACGUUGAGGGUGAGCGGCCUAUCUUUGAUGGGUCCAUACCUUUCGACGGAGACCUAAAGUUCUCUCCUUGGGAAGUGCACGAGGAGGUGAAAGUGCUCGACUUGUCGACCUUUUCUCGUCUACCUAACAACUCCAUCGUAUCACGCAUCUUCAUUAACAACAAACUGUACUAUUCCCCAAGAGCUCCAAACUAUACAAACCACGACGAUGCAACUGGUGACAUUGGCGAAUACAUAGGACCGUUUACGAUUGUACCAGACGAAAGAUCUCAGGAAGUUACGGUUCUUCGGUCAGCUAAGCUCCUGGAUCUGCAGAAAGCGGAUGGUUAUUGGAAAGGUAGUAGGGCUGUCAUUCGUAACGCAGUAGCCACAUGGGCAAUCCGUGACGUAGUCAGCCAUGAAAAUGAUACCCUUACGGUGUUUCCGCCGCUGUACAGUGAGCUGGAGAGUGUUUACCUAUACCUAGAAGGCAAGCUGUCAGAAUUGGAUUCCCCUCGAGAGGCUUUCUUCGACCCUGUUUCUCGAAAGCUCUACUUUUUCCCCAUGCCUUAUGCAGCCAUUGAACAGAUCUCCUUCGUCGUCGACAAGCAUUCCUCACUUGUAAACAUCCAGCCAGGAUCUACCAACUUACUCUUCCAUCGAAUCCGUAUCAACAAGGGGAGGCGAGGGUUCUUUCAGAACUCCUAUCUCCCGAGUCUGUCCGUGUCGUAUUCUUCAAGCACUGUGGCAGCCAACAAGAUUGUGAUUCAUGACUGUGUGGUUGAGAACACAGAAGAGGGCAUUGUUGCAGACAGGCCAAAUGUGGACCUUUGGGUGGAUGGUAAUGUUGUCGGUUGGACAAUUGGUGACGGUAUACGAUUAGGCGGAGGUGGUGUCAACAUAACAAUUGCACCAGCCCGAGGCGGAUGGUCGACUCCGGCGGAAACCUACCGCAGUUGGGUCAUCCGAGCAUCCAGAAAUCGAGUCCAUGAUACAGGGUACAUUGCAGGCUGGGGUUGGAGCUCUGGUACAGGCAUUCAAGCUCCUCAAGCAGAUGACAAUGUUGUUUACCGAACGGGUUUCACUGCGAUCACCGGUAUUCCCAGUCAAAGCUAUUCCUUCACCAAUAACACAGUCUUCUCCUUUUCGCUUUCUAACCCUGGAGGUUCGGGGCUGUAUGGCAACGGCAGUUUUCUGAACAUCACCCACAACUUGGUUGUAAGUGGGUAUGGGAACGGGGCAAGCUUUGGGGCCUCCGACCCUGAGAACAGGUACCUUUCUGGGUCCUAUGGCAUCCUUAUGGAUGGACCCUCUACCCAAGGGUUUCUCGUGUACAAUAACACAGUGGUGAAUGUCCGAGGCAUAGCCCUCGACCAUUCUGAUGCUCAAAAUGGCACGUGGAAAGAUAACUUUGUCGUCAAUGACAUCGGCGAUGUGUUCUCGCUGUCCUUCAUCGAUGGCAAUGCUCGUAAUCGUGUUGAACGGAACACAAUUGUAACUCGUACCAACAUGGUCGUAAUGAAGUUGAUGAUCCAGCCAAGGAGAGCCACAUCGUCUGCCGAGUUCGGCAUUGCCGAUAUUAAAGACCAAGUGAGCUGGGAUGGGGGAUUGGUGUGUGCUCUUGACCAGGCAAGCUUCGAGCCCGCACCCUUGGCUCAAGUCUUCAGACUAACCCUGAUGAGAGGGUUGUCCUUCUUGAUGGACUUUCCCAAGUGGGAAGGUGAAACAGGAGACCCAUCAAAGUUUUGUGACAAGGAUCAAGCGCUUUCCGUGCAGGAAAAGGCGGAGACCACCUUGCGUCUCAUAGCGAACAUGAAUGACUACCACGAGCUGGAAGACAAGAAGUUGGAUAUUUAUAGGCUCGCUGCCAGACCAUUCGGCGACCGAAAGCUCAUAGUGGCAAACAUGAAUCUGCUACAGACGACAAAGUCUCCCCGAGCAACAGGACGGAGGUCGGGCGCAUACAACAUGUUCUCAGCUAGUAAGGGUGAAAACCCUGUUCGGCCACGUCUCCUUCGUGCUGUCCUCUUCGCCAUCCUCCUUGCUGGAAUAUGCUUGGUGCUGAGAUAACAUGUUAUGUUUUUUUUUUUCCUUCUUACUAUGUUCAUCUGAUUGCAACUCUGGAUUCGAACUCGAGUCUGUAUUUCGACAGUUCAUGGGUGUACAAACUGAGCUAGGCCCGUUGGUCGGUUAUCUCAAGAUGGUACGGCCUUUAGCUGCGGCAGGUGCUUGCCCACCACAAGCAAGCAAAAAAUGCUGUCACUGUACCUGCCUCCCUUUUGACAUGUGAAUGCCACCGUUGCAAUCCUUGGCGUGAGUCAUGUCAAUAUCAUGGCCUUGUAUUGUGGCAUGACACACAGGUGGCAGGUUGGGACUUGGCGACAAUUCUUUCGCAUAUCAUGGGACCAAUUGGGUACUACAAGACAAACUUGGGGCUGUGACACAACCACUGGCAGCAGGCAAAUGACCCUUGGCUGCUGUGAGGCAAGAUGGGGAAACUUAUAUUGCGGAAAUCGCAGCAUGAGCAUAUAGCAAAUGGUGGUCGCACGUCAGGUAAAAAAGGGUGGAGACUUGCUAUCAGGUGUACUCUGGUGCCUUGGGAUGCAGCGUUGCUACCAUACCAGUGGUACGCCAGUGGCUCUAGGAAAACCCUAAGCCCUCAGUAAAGGACCAGGAGAUGA